CAAUUUUUUUUACAUCUGCAGUCUCUUUGAUUUCCAUUCUCUCUGCUCUUCAUCACGCUUUAGGAGCUCCAAGAUGGCUACCAAGUACAUCAUUGGUUCUAUCGCUGGAUCUUUUGUCGUUGCAUAUGUUUGUGACACUGUUAUUUCUGACGGGAAACUGUUUGGAGGUACUACUCCAAGCACUGUUACCAACACCGAUUGGUGGAAAGAAACAGACAAGAAAUUCCAGGCAUGGCCUCGCACUGCUGGUCCCCCAGUGGUCAUGAACCCCAUCAGCCGACAGAAUUACAUUGUCAAGUCUUGAUUUAGAUAGUUGACUUGUGCUGUUUUUUCCCCCUCAACAGAUUACAUUUGAGAUCGAACCAUUCUUCAGUUUUGAGCAAGGUUUUUUGCUCCUACGCUUGAUUCAGACGAUAUUGAAGUCAUUUUUCUCACUUAUAAGAAGAUUUGACGUAUGUUACAAACAAUCAAAACAGAUUUGACAUAUGUUACAAUAAAAAAUUUGUUCAGUUA